AUGGGGCCGUUCCCCGGGCCGCGGCCUGGCGUUGCCCACGUGUGCGGCGGCGGCGGCUCCCCCGGCGUGCAAGGCCGCGCCGCCUUUCUCUGCCGACUCAUGGCGGCGGGGCCGGGGGCUGCGGCGGAGGAUAUAUUUCCAACUGACGGCCAGUCUGAACAUACAACUCCUGCGAAGGUGGUGAGGGCUGCCAACCCAAGACAGCGGAAAGGAAGCAAGGUUGGUGACUUCGGUGAUGCCACAAAUUGGCCAACACCUGGAGAAAUAGCCCACAAGAGCGUGCAGCAGCCGCACAAAGCACCGGCCCUUCGGAAACUGCCUGUCAAGAAAGACAUGAAAGAGCAGGAGAAAGGGGAUGGGAGCGACGGCAAAGAGAGCCUGAAAACCAAAUCGGAUGAGUCUGGGGAAGAGAAGAAUGGUGACGAUGACAACCAGAAGUCAGCCCAGAAGAAGAAAGGCAACAAACACAAGUGGGUCCCUUUGCAGAUAGACAUGAAGUCAGAGGUGCCUAGGGACAAAACGGCCUCUCGGAACAACCGGCAAAAUGAGCAGCACAGGCACCCCUCCAACAACCGCAACGAGCUGAAAGGUUGGCACCCGGACAACAAGCAUGAACGCAGCUGGCAGGACCAUGAUGAAACCUCCAGCGUGAAGAGCGAGGGAGGAGCUGUGCGUGGGGCCUUCCGGGGCCGAGGUCGGGGCCGCGGCAGGGGCCGUGGCCGUGGCAGAGGAGGACACUUCGACUACCAGUAUGGGUACCGGAAAUUUGAGGGCUCGGAUGGCUCCCGCACCCAGAAGUACGCUAGCAACAUCACCUACUACUUUGACAACAUCAGCAGCGCCGAGCUCUACAGUGUGGACCAGGAACUGCUCAAGGACUACAUCAAGCGGCAGAUAGAAUAUUACUUCAGCGUGGACAACCUGGAGCGAGACUUCUUCCUGCGUCGCAAGAUGGACUCAGAUGGCUUCCUUCCCAUCACCCUGAUCGCCAGCUUCCACCGGGUGCAGGCACUGACCACUGACAUCAACCUCAUCAUCAAGGCUCUGAAGGACAGCAAGGUGGUGGAAAUCGUGGAUGAGAAGAUCAGGAGAAAAGAGCAGCCAGAAAAAUGGGCUCUGCCUGGCCCUCCUAUGGCAGACUACACACAAACAGACUUCUCACAGUUCAUCAACUGCCCUGAGUUUGUGCCUCGGCAAAGCUUCCAGAAAGAGACAGAGUCUGCUCCUGGCUCCCCACGUGCUGCCAGCCCGGUCCCCACCAAAACGGAGGAGGUCAGUAACCUCAAGACGAUGCCCAAGGGCCUGUCUGCAAGUCUGCCAGACCUGGAUUCAGAGACGUGGAUUGAAGUGAAGAAGAGACCUCGGCCAUCCCCAGCCAGGCCCAAGAAACCAGAGGAGUCAAAGACACCGCAGCAGCAGAAGCAGAAGGACCAAGAUGAACCUGAGGAGCUAGACUUCCUCUUUGAUGAGGAGAUGGAGCAGAUGGACGGCCGCAAGAACACCUUCACUGACUGGUCAGAUGAAGAUUCAGAUUACGAGAUCGACGAUCGGGACGUGAACAAGAUCCUCAUCGUGACACAGACGCCUCCUUACCUGCGCCGGCACCCUGGUGGGGACCGGACUGGCAACCACACAUCCAGGGCUAAAAUGAGCUCAGAGCUGGCCAAGGUGAUCAACGAUGGGCUGUACUACUACGAGCAGGACCUGUGGACAGAGCAGUUUGAGCCAGAGUAUUCGCAGAUCAAGCAAGAAGUGGAGAACUUCAAGAAGGUGAACAUGAUCAGCAGAGAGCAGUUUGACACCCUGACGCCAGAGCCCCCUGUGGAUCCAAACCAGGAAGUCCCUCCUGGUCCCCCCAGGUUCCAGCAAGUACCUACAGAUGCUUUGGCCAACAAGUUGUUUGGAGUCCCUGAGCCUUCAACCAUUGCCCGGUCCUUGCCUACAACUGUACCAGAAUCACCCAACUACCGCAACGCCAGGACCCCCCGGACCCCUCGCACGCCCCAGCUGAAGGACCCGACGCAGACGCCCCGGUUCUACCCAGUGGUGAAAGAGGGCAGGACGAUAGAUGCCAAGACUCCACGGAAAAGGAAGACAAGGCACAGUUCGAACCCUCCGAUGGAGUGCCACGUGGGCUGGGUGAUGGACUCUCGGGAGCACAGACCUCGAACUGCCUCCAUCAGCUCCAGCCCCUCAGAGGGGACCCCGGCCGUCGGGAGCUACGGCUGCACCCCGCAGUCCCUGCCCAAGUUCCAGCAUCCUUCACACGAGCUGCUCAAGGAGAACGGCUUCACGCAACAUGUCUACCACAAGUACCGUCGGCGCUGCCUUAACGAGCGGAAACGACUGGGCAUUGGUCAGUCCCAGGAGAUGAACACGCUCUUCCGGUUUUGGUCCUUCUUCCUCCGAGAUCACUUCAACAAGAAAAUGUACGAGGAGUUCAAGCAACUGGCUGUGGAGGAUGGGAAGGAGGGAUACAGGUACGGUCUGGAGUGCCUUUUCAGAUACUACAGCUACGGGCUGGAGAAGAAAUUCCGGCCAGACAUAUUUAAGGACUUCCAAGAAGAGACCAUCAAGGAUUAUGAAGCUGGACAGCUCUACGGGCUGGAAAAGUUCUGGGCCUUCUUAAAAUAUUCCAAAGCCAAAAAUCUGGACAUUAACAGCAAACUGCAAGAAUACCUCAGCAAGUUCAAGCGCCUCGAGGACUUCCGAGUGGAUCCACCCAUGGGAGAGGAAGGUGGACACAAGAGAUACCCUACGACGUCAGGGGGAGAUGGCAGGAAGCGCUACCCAUCCCAGUCUUCCAGCAAAACGGUCAGCCAGUGCCCAUCCGGCCAAGCCCACGCCUCGCCCAGCCAGCCUGCACAAGAGGAUGCCAAAAACCUGAGCCAGCAAUCCCCCGCCCCGUCGGCUGCAGAGUCGCAGACACUGGGGAAGUAGAGAGGCUGCAGCGCCUGCUUCCUGCUGGGGGACGGGGUGGGUUGGUGGGGGACUGGCUCGGAGAAGGGGAGACAUGAGGGGGUGGGACAGGAAGGGAGCUGGAAGGUGGGUGCCCAGGAAUAGGCUGCUCGGGAGAAACUUCAACGCACACGAUUUUUUUCCUCUUGUGGCUGGAAAGCAAAGACGAUCUGCAUCUAAAUCACCAUUUUGCUAUUACAACCCUGACCAGAGCCAGACCCGCUCCCAGCAGCCCCAUCCUUUGCUCUCCCUUCCCUCCCCUCCUGUGCACACACUCAUGUCUUAGUGUCUUCUUCAAACAAAAAAAAAAAAAUAUGUUUUGGCUGGGUUGGAAAGGGGAGAUUUUUUUAUUAUUAUAUAUAUAUAUCAAGUUUUAAAUUAUUGCUAGAAGUUCGUCUGGAUUUACCAAAACAAGUCUGCUCUGUGCGGCCCCCACGAGUCCCCUCUGUGUCCCCCCUGGGAUGGCAGGGCAGCCUGCUCGGGAAGCUCGGAGGAGCGAGGUUCCCUGAUGGGGGACCGAAGCCGCGGUGUGUCACGACGCUGCGGAGCCUCUGAUCUCCAUGACCUGGCUGACGUCUCCCAUUCCACAUGUGGUGGUGGUGCCUCUCUGACAUCGACCGCCGCGACAGGAGCAUCACCCUGUUUGUCCCCGUGGUCCCUCCUUCCCCAACGUCUUCACCUCCAAUCUUCCCGAGGGUCUGGCUCUCCCUCCCGCCCGCCUCUCCCUUCCAUCACGGACAAUUUGGAAGUCAACCAAAGGACCUUUGCCAAGGAUAGGCUUGUUCUGACUCCUUCCUGCGAGGACGGCCGGUGGGAGACCAGCAGGCACCUGGACUCGAGCCUGCGUGGAUGGUGCCCCCGCUGCCCCAGGAACGCCCGUCGCAUGCAAAGACAGGACUUUGCUGAAGGAGGUUUUCUCUUCCUUUUCCCUUGGAAAAAUGAAAUGACGACAACAAAAAAACCCCCCCACAAACUCCUCUAAACCAACAACAAAAACUCUUUAAAAAAGACAAAUCUCCCUUUUGCUUUCUUCCUUGGAAAUAUUAUUGAAGAAAAAAAAAAAGAAAAACAAACAAAAAACAAAAAAAACCACAAAAAAAACCAUAAAAAAAAAAGAGUUGCCUUAUGGUGGAGCUGGACCGGGGAGGCUUGCUGGCUUCCUGCACCUUGGGGCGCGCUGGGCUUUUGGCCCCCCCGGCCCAGAGACUCCUCACGGCGUUGCUGCCGAGCUGAUCUUCCCCACGGCCUUUCCUCUGACCCUGCAGCUUGCUCGGAUGCCUCCUCCCAUCAUGGAGCUUCCCCCCAUCACGGAGUCUACCUGCCAGCCCUGAUCCUCAUGGGGGAAGGUGCCGAGGGCAGUCAGAUCCCAGACUUGUGCUCACGUUGUGUAUAUACCGUUGUAGCAUCCUCCCCGCGACGGCGACUGUAGGUGCUUGUGGCCUCUCCCUCGGGUGGGAGGUGGGUCUGUGCCUCCAGCGUGGUCGGGAGGUGAGCGGGGAGAUCCGUCCCAGCAGCUGGAGGGACUGGUCCUUGCUGGUGUGUCCCUGGUGCCGCUUAAUGCUGUAGACUGAUGGGGGGAUGAUGCAGCCCUGGGGAGCCUGUAUCUCCCAGCCAUCACCGGCCCGGGGCUGUGGUUGGGUGCGAGUGGAGACCUGCCCAGCAAAGGAGGGCUCUCACCUUGUGUCUCAUCUUGGUGGGUGGCUGCGUGGAGUCUCCUGCUCAGGGCAAUGUCCCUGAGCAUCUCCAAGGGCUGAGAUAACACCAUGCUGCUCCUUGCUCAGCUGCAGAGCUGCUGUGGCAUUUACUGGGCUCCUCCACCCAGCACCGGGUGGGCUUCAGCAGGCAGAAUCCUCCCCGGGCUGGUGAGCUGUCUUCUCUCUCAGGGGGCAUGUGUUGGAAGGGUGAGAUCUGCUCCUGGGGCCCAGAAGUAGCACUGGCAAGUUGUGCUCCCCACCAUAAGGGUGGAAGCUCCUUCUCAGCCAGAGCCACUUGUGUUGCUGCUGCUCUUCUCUGUCCCCGGGGUUGGGAUAACCUGCUUUGCAGCUGGCUUGGUUGUGGCUCUGGCACUGCGGGAGCGAGCACUGUGGUGGGCUACUCAAAGAUGCAGCUGAUCGUGUUACCCUCUCUGUAAAAUCACUAGCUGGUAACAAAUGGCAUUUUCUGACAGUGCCCAGUUGAUCCAGUGCUGCGUCUGGAGCUGGGAGGAGUCACCUCUCCAGGGCUGUCCCCAUAGGGCUGGUGGGUGAGAGCAGCUGGGAUAUCAGUAGGGUGAGCUUGGGCGAGUUGUCCAUCAGCAAGUGGCUGUGGGUGCCAGUGGGGCUCUGGCUGGAGCUGGCACCUUUCCGAGGAUGCUGCUGUAGGAUUUGGGGAGGGGGGAGGAGGUGGGCUGGUCCGCGCCGAGCGGCUUGGUGAACUGCUGCUAGAACUGAAGCACAGCUGGGUUUGAGGGAGCCUGGGGAGCUGCUACGUUGCCGUUUCCUGGUGGUGUGUGAUCCUGCCCUGGUCUGUCCAUCCCUGCCAUGUCAUCCCCGUGACCCAGGACUGCUGGCAGGCCCCAUUUCAGCGUGGCAACCUGUCUGAGGCCAUUGGCUUGCUCCACAGCAGCACCCUGGGCUUGCGGGGUGGUAACUGGGCACGAUGGGCAAGUGACGCUGGUGCAGUGCUGUGGCCAUGACUGUUAUCUUCUGGAUUUUCCCCUCUCGUGAGCCAGAGUCAGGUCUCUGAGGUUAUGGAUGCGGCUGGGUUUGUCCCUGAUCUGGGAAGGAGCCUUGGAGGCUGGAGAUGGGGCUUGGUCAAGGACACUGGAGAUGUGCUGCUGGUUGUUGACAAGCUGAAGUGGGUCUGGAUGUGCGGGUUGUCCUUGCUGCUGUGUCCCUGUGCUCCUCUCGUCGGUGCGUGUUCCCUUUUUGAAGCCAGUUGUCUGUGUUUUAGCAACAAAUCAGAUAGGAAACGAGGAGGAAGGAGCUCCUCUGUGGAACAACUCACGCUGCAGAGUUGUUGCUUGUGGAGCAGACUGGAAUUGCUGGGGUGGUAAAAGAGGCAAGAAAUUUCCCAGAGGAUUUCCCAAAAUCUGAAUUGAUUUAAAUUAUUUCUUAAUUUCUGAGGCUGAGACUCUAGUCUUGGCACAGAAGAGGUUUUUUUUUUCCCCCUCUCUCUGCUGAGUCAGUGGUUUGUCACAUCAGUGUGGCUGAGUGUCCCUGUGUGAAACCCCCUCCUGUUUGCUGGGGGAAGGUGGGUCAGAAGAGCAACCCCAGUGGUCCCCCACCCUCUGGAGUUGCAGACUCUGUGCUUUGUCUUACUGUUUUUCGGGCAGCCUCUGUGAUGACCCCCAGUCACAGCGUGAGUGGUGGCAGAGGACAGGGAGCUCGGGUGCUCUGGUGACAGGGCAGCAUCCUGCAUCCCUGUGCUGGGUGGUGGCCAUGGUCCAUGCCAGGCUGAGGAGGGGCUGGCCAUGGCACGGCUUUCCCCCUGUUUUAGGGCUCACACAGGGGACAGGUCUGCAGAGGCACUUUCCCUCUUGCUGCCUACAGAAGGCAUCACACGUGGCUCGCUCCACCACAGGACAAAGGGACAGCUGUGCAGAGAGGGGGUUUGCUUUGAGCUUGGAUGCUUCAUGAUCAUGUUUUGUGCUUUUUUUUUUUUUUUUUUUAAUUUGAGUGGUCGGGCAUCAUACUCACUGUGAAUGCUGAUGGGUCCCACAGCUCGUGAGGACUGUGUGGCCAGAGGGAGCCCUGUUUUGGGACAGGCUGGGGGAGGUCGUUGGGCUCUCAGGCAGAGAUGGGGGGCACUCCCCAUCUUUCCCCCUCUUCUCGGGAGGUCCCAGGCUGCUCCAGCUGGGGCUCCUUGCCCCCAGGCCCGGUGUGUCAGCCUGUCUUUGGGAUGCGGGCAGUUGCAGUGGGUACAGAGCUCUGGCGUGGGGUCAGGAGUGGAGGUGGAAGGUGUGUUUCAGAGGAGGCUUUGUCGCUUUGCCAUGCUCAUUUUUUAGGGGGAAAAAAAAAAACAACAAAACUUAAAAAAAAGUAAUAAUCCUGCUGCUCCAUUCGCCUGUCUGUCCCUCUUCCUGCUGCCCCCCUCGCACCACCGGCGGCGGCUCGUUGCUGGAGCCCUCAGAGUCCCUUGAAUUUUGGCAACUGCUCAUCUGGCUGAGGACUGGCCGACUGUACUGUAACAAAACGAAGCGUUAACCUCAGUGUCCUGCCACGUGUCUGAACACACGUUCCCCAUGGCAGUGCGGGGGGGGGCCUUCUAGCUGUUAAUGCCUUUCCAGUUAUUUUAUCAAAAGGAAAAAAAAAAGGAAAAAAAAAAAAAAAAAAAAGGAAAACUGUAAAUGUAGCAAGCUGUGUUUGCAAUGCUUCUUUUCUCCUGUCUCCUCUGAGGCUGGGUAUGUCACUUUGUCACUGUUUUGAAAUGGAUGCUAGGCUCUUUUUAAGAGAGGGUUGCUACACUUGAUGUAAAAUGCCUCACUGAUUCUUUUUUCUUUUUUUUUUUUUUUUAAAAAAAAAGUUUCCAAUACAGGCAAUAGAUGAAUGACUUUUUUUUUUUUUUUUUUAAAAAUGUUCAUCUCGGUGGCGUGGAGCAGGUGGCUGGAGGGCAGCGUUUCAAUGAGUAGUUUACAGUUUCACUUUCUGCAGACACUUGAACAUAGGACCGAUGUAUCUGUGACAAGCACAUCCCUUGGUGGGAAGCUCCAGAGGAGCGGGGAGCCCCCUGGGUGCCAGCCAGCCCCCCCUCCCCACGGUGGGCAGAGCGUGCUCGGGUCACCCCCAGGGUCCCCACGCUGUCCCCCUGUGGCUCGUUCUCCAGGCGUCAGCCCCAGGUGGGGGCUGGCUCGUGCCGGUGGUGGCCCUCAUGGAGGGGAUCCCUGGCACCUCUUGGUCCCUCCAGGCUCCCCGGUGCAGCCCCGCUCCCCCUCCUCCUCUCCCAGCCUGUCCUGGUCCCCUGGGGGUCGGAAACCUUUGGAUCUGUGGCUCGGAACCCCCCCCUGGUGAGGGUUGCCCUCUGCUCGCUUGCCUGGAGCAAAAGGGGUUGAUGGUUCAAUGUGCUGGCCCUUCUCUAAACCCUGUGUGUCCCAACCUCAGCCUUCUGUUUCCCAAAACUAGAAAAGUGUGUGCAACCUUCUUCAGCUGCAUUUAUCGUAGAGACAAACUUAAAAUGACUCAUCACAGACCAUGUUAUCACUUGGGAGGAAAAUCUUGUUAAUAUUGGCCCCGCUGUACAUGAUCCAUCUUCUGUCGAUAGUACAUAAUCUUUGACCCAUGUGCUAGGAUCAUCAUCACAUAUAAAAGGAAAAGAGAAAAAUGUAAAAUACUUGAAUGAGAGCUUGUAUUAUAACAUUAAUAUUAUUCAGAGUAUCUGCUUUCUAGGCUGAUGUGAUUCAUUAUUCUAGUAAUGCUUUAGUCCUUUGUAAUUUGUGGUAAUUAUGCUUUUUCCUUUUUAAUACAAAAAAAAAUGUAUAAAAAUAAAAACUUCAAAAGACAA